AUGGAGAAUGAGGUAAAUAUUUCCUAUAUAACUUUGGAUGGGUAUAUGGACAUGAACAAAUACAGGUAUUUAUACUUUACCAUCUUGUUUAUAGUAUAUGUCUUGAUUAUCUGUACAAAUUGUAUUAUUCUAUAUCUAAUAUGGUCAAACAAAAGCCUCCAUAAGCCCAUGUACAUCUUUAUUGCAGCUUUGUUAUUUACCAUUGUUCUUAGCAGCAUUAUCAUUUACCCUAAGCUCCUCACUGACAUUUUAUCUGAAAAACAGAUUAUAUCAUAUUCAGCUUGUAUCUUCCAGUUUUUUAUGUUUUAUACUUUAGGUGGCACAGAAUUUAUUCUUUUGGCAGCCAUGUCUUUUGAUAGGUAUGUGGCCAUAUGUAAACCUUUGAAGUAUCAUACGAUUAUGACAAAAACCACAGUGAAAAAUGUCCUAAUUUUAGCUUGGUUAUUUCCUGCUUGUCAUAUUACAGUAACAGCAAUGGUGAGUGCUAAAGCUAAACUAUGUAGUUUAACUUUGAAUGGAAUAAUUUGUAACAAUGCAGUUUUCACACUUCAGUGUGUCAGACCAAAAUUCCUUACUGUGUUUGGGCUUGUUUCUUUACUAGAUCUUGCAAUACUUCCAAUGCUCUUCACCGUUUUUACAUAUGCAAAGAUAUUUCAAAUAUCUUAUCAAAAUUUUAAAACACAUAAAAGAAAAGUUGCUGAAACUUGCAUACCUCACUUGUUGGUUUUAAUCAACAGCUCUUAUUUGACUGUGUAUGAUGUAAUUAUAGCUCGAGUUGAGUCAAAUUUUCCUAAAACUGCUCGCUUUGUAAUGACAUUGCAAAUAUUUCUGUAUCAUCCUUUGAUUAAUCCACUCAUAUAUGGACUAAAAUUGAAUGAAAUUUCUAAACAUCUAAGAUCUUUCUCUUUAAGAAGAGUCUAG